AUGUCCUCGGUUCCUACCCUGCCACUUCACCCGCCAUCAUUAGCUGAGCAAAGCGCUACCUUCGAUGCUCGCGUUCAGGACGUCUCCGCUUUCUUUUCCUCGCCCCGCUUCGCUUCUAUCACCCGUCCCUAUACCGCUCAUGAUGUAGCACUAAAGCAGGGCUCCGCCCCUGUACUUCCCCUUCCAUCAACACUCCUUGCUAACAAGCUCUUCGCCUUAUUCACCGAGGCAGCUGCCAAAGGUCAACCUGUGCCUACCAUGGGUGCCAUUGACCCUGUUCAAAUGACCCAAAUGGCAAGGCAUCAACAAGUCGUGUACGUCUCUGGUUGGGCCGCAAGCUCACUUUUAACUACGGGCAACAAUGAAGUUGGUCCUGAUUUCGGAGAUUACCCUUAUACAACCGUCCCAAACCAAGUUCACCGUCUCUUCCGCGCGCAGCAACUUCAUGACCGGAAGCAUUAUGAUGAACGUAUGUCCGCAUUGCUAGAAAAGCGUGCAGAAGUUUCGUACAUCGACUAUUUACGACCAAUUAUUGCGGACGGUGAUACUGGCCAUGGAGGAACCUCUGCUGUCAUGAAACUCACAAAACUCUUUGCUGAGUCAGGUGCCUCAGCCAUACAUUUCGAGGACCAACUUCACGGCGGCAAGAAAUGCGGACACCUUGCAGGGAAGGUUAUUGUACCCCCAAGCACACAUGUAUCACGGCUUGUCGCGGCCCGUUUCCAACUUGACAUGCUUCUAUCACCGAUGUUACUCAUUGGCCGCACUGAUGCUGAAAGUGGCAAACUCCUUUCUACCAGCGUUGAUCCUGUUGAUCACCCAUAUAUCCUCGGUACUACAACGCAAGGAAAGCCCCUCAGUGAAGCUCUAGCGCGAGCCACAAGCAGCGCAGAUGCAGCCAGAAUUGAGAAUGAAUGGGACUCGCUGAACGAGUUGAUCACUUUCGAUCAAGCCGUCGAACGAGUGUUAUUGUCUAGCAAUAGUUCGAACCCACGCGGCGUGUUUGAGCAGUACAAGAAGGCGGUUGUCGGUAAAUCAAACUUCGAAGCGCGUCAGAUUGCUCGGGAGGCUGUUGGCCGAGAUAUCCAAUGGAACUGGGACCUCCCCCGCACACCCGAAGGCUUCUAUCGAACUACUGGUGGCCUUCAGGCAGCUAUUGACCGCGCCCUUAUAUAUGCACCAUAUGCGGACCUGUUGUGGUUGGAGACCGGUAAGCCAGACUUAGAAGAGGCAAGAACCUUUGCGAGAAAGAUCCGGGAGAAAUACCCUGGCAAAUGGUUUGUAUACAAUUUGAGCCCCAGCUUCAACUGGGGGAAAGCAGGGUUCAGCGAUUCAGAUCUGAAGAACUUCAUAUGGGAACUCGGAAAGGAAGGAUUUGUCUUGCAACUGAUCUCCCUUGCUGGGCUUCAUAGCAAUGCCGCUGCUACUGCCGAGCUCGCUGCUCGGUUCAAGGAUGACGGUAUGCUUGCUUACGUAGAACUCGUGCAACGCAAGGAGAAGGAAAUCGGCUGCGAUGUCCUCACGCAUCAAAAGUGGAGCGGUGCCAACUACCUUGAUUCGAUAAUCCAGACUGUAUCUGCGGGAUCGUCAAGCACGUCUGCUAUUGGGAAGGACUCGACAGAACAUAAUUUUUGA